AUGGAGAAAACGAGAACGGAUGGAAAUCAUCAAAAUGGGUCAGGAAACACGAGGUUCGAAGACGAGUUCUUGCAAAAAGCGAAUAACCUGAAAAACAUUGAGACCUCGAUCAACAAAUUCUGCGAAUGGUUGAUGGGGUUUUACCCCGAGAAGCGCGAUGCUGUGAUUAAGAGUUGGUUGAAGUGGAUCCGCGUUGUGCACAAUAACCGAGCCGAGCUUUCGUUUAUUUUCAAGCCGAUCAACGCUUUCAUCAGAGGAGGAAAAGAACAAAUGGCGACCAUUGCACAAGAUAUGGUGCUUGUGAUUGAUGCAGUGAUUUGUGUCAUCUCACAAAAAAGAUCGGCGACCGAGGUUGUAAAAUCGUAUUUGACGGAAUGGCAAAACGACGGUGUUUACAGUUUAAAGCAAAUCAAUCAGUUUCAUUCUAAGAUGCUUUCCGUGUCGAAUGAGGCAAAAGCAUUGUCGAAUGACGCGAAAGCAUCCCAACGGAACAAAAAGCUCGAGCCAUUUUUGAUUCAAUUCGCCAAUGCGUGGGGACAUCCGGCGAUUUUCACAGAAAAAUUUGUGUCCGACGCGCGUACGAAAGACGCUACAUUUCAAUGUUCGAUCACUUUUUAUGGCAUUCCAUUCGAAGCUCUAUCGAAUAAGGGAUCAUCCGGAAAGAAAGAGGCGGCUCGCUUCAAUGCGGUCAACAAUUUCUGGGGUCAUUUGCGUACGUGCUUUAUCCCGCACGAAGUGAUAUAUAAUAUCAAAGAUGAUACGAUUGAGGGAUUUACGCAUUUGGCUGAGGUUGUCACCCUUUUUCAACAAUGGGAAAUAGAAUUACGAAAUACUUUUCCGCAGCUUCUCAAUCCAAGUGCUCGUGAUAAGCCGUCAGUUGCCAAAGCCUUUCUUGCGCAUUUUCGCCCGAAAGCUGCGAGAUUUUGGAUGACACGAGGAUUUACUAUGACAGCCAUUGAGAAGAACGAGGGACGAAAGAGGAGUGCUGAGAUGCAAAGCGAAGCGAUGCAAAUUGAUGAGAGACCAUCGCAGAAAGUAGCGCGUAUUGAGGCACCCGAGGUGGUGAGCCUGCAGAAAACGCCGCCACUCAUUUUGAUCGACGACGACGACGAUGAUAUAGAAGAUGGGGAAAUCGAGGAGAUUCAGCAAACGCAAGAACAAUUGCAGAGAAUGCCAUCAAUCGCUUCGACAAGCCGUCCGCAACAAAAUGUGAACCAAUUCGCGGAAUUGCUUGGUGUCAAAUUUUAUGAAUCAACUUUCACGAUGACGAGAAUUCACGCCUAUCGUCAGAGGUAUUCGCAGCAAUUCAAAGAGAUGGACGAAAAGAUCACCGCUCAUUACUUGACUAAUCGACAAUCUCCGCAAAUCUACAUGCUCAAAACGGCGGCACUCCAAGAAAUGCAUCAAGUGAUCAAACCACUUUUCCCGAACUACACAGUGCGCAUGCACCCAGUUGGAUCGACGGUGAAUGGAUGUGGAUCGUACAAUUCGGACAUGGACGUGUGCAUCUCGUUGGAGGGUCGAAAUGGGAAACGCGGAGUUUUCGAGAUGGAAAAAAGUUUCACGUUGAAAAGUUUGCGCCAAGUAUUUCGUCUUUUCAAACACACCAAUCACAAUAUGCGACGCUGCGUUGGCGAUGUGCAACUUGUCUCCUCGGCUAAGGUGCCAAUCAUCAAAAUGGAAUUGUCGGGCGAGUAUGACGGAAUGGAGGUGGACUUGAAUGUGAACAGCAUUGCCGGCAUUUACAACUCCUUUCUGAUGCACUAUUAUUCGAGGAUCGAUGAGCGUUUCCCCGAGCUGUGUCUUCUCGUCAAGCACUGGGCGAUCAAGAAUGAUAUUUCCGAUGCGAUGAAUGGCACAUUUAAUAGUUAUUCUCUGCUGCUUCUCGUCGUUCACUACCUUCAGUGUGGUGUCUCGCCGCCAGUGCUACCAAAUUUGCAACACUUGUACCCGCAAAAGUUCGCUCCAACACAUGAUCUCGAUUCGCUACGUCUGGAGGAGGAACUCGAGCCACCAUUGCCAGAUUUUGAGAAGAACACGGCCACGACGGGCGAGCUUUUGUGCGGCUUCUUUCACUAUUACGUCAAUUUCCCGUGGGACACCGACGCGCCAUCCAUUCAGCAAGGACAACGAAUUUCGCGCCGCUUCCUCGAUCAGGACCACGAUCGUUACUACAUCUACAUUGAGGAACCGUUCGAUGGGGGAAACACGGCGAGAUGUGUGCAACAAAUGGAGAAAUUUGCUCAUAUCAUUCGGGUAUUCAAGCAGGCGUCGGCUGUCCUCUCGACUCGUCCGCCCAGUCUAGCCAACAUCGAUGUGAUUUGU